AUGUCAGCUCGUCUCGCAGGGCGUGAAGCGUACCGUGGCGUCGGUCAAUUGGAAGAUCCUCCUACAGAUGCUUCCUUUUUUACGCGCCGACAUAUCAACUAUCCGCCGUUCACGUCGGCCCGCCCGCCCAAGGAAUUGCGUGGUGGGCACAGCGCUGGUGUGCGUGCGCUCGCUUGGAAUGCUACCGGCGACGUGCUUAUGAGCUGCGGCAGUGACCAGCUGGUACGCGCCUGGCACCCUGAAAAGAGUACAGAGGUGCGCUCCACGACAGAAUUCGCUGGACAUCUUGGGCAGAUCUCAGCGAUAGCGUGCCAUCCCACCAACCCUCAUUUGUUUGCCACGGGCGGCAUCGAUAAGAGUGUGCGCCUCUGGGAUCUUCGCGUUUCUACGGCUACGAAAGUCGUGUCGACGCCAGGAUCCAAUAUCAACUUGGCGUACCACCCAGAGGGUCGUUACCUGGCCGUGGGCGAUAAGAGCGAAACGGUAAGUCUCGUCAACGCGGAUCAAGGCACUUUUCUUCAUAAGAUCAAAGAUGGAUCACUCAAUCGCGAGGAAAUCAACGAGCUUGCAUGGUCCCCAGACGGCACCAUGUUAUUGCUUCCCAUGGGCAGUGGCACGAUUGGCUUCCUUGGUGCGCCACAUACCCCUGACGCGCACGCCGAGGCUGCGACAGGACCGCACGGUCUCCACCCUAGCUGGCAUUGUAUCAUGCAUCACCAGGCACAUCCAGCGGCUAUUUUCUGCAUCAAAUGGGACCCAACUAAGCGCGUCGUGGCUACCGCAGCUGCAGAUAGCACUGUCGCUAUUUGGGAUGCCUCUAUCUGGGACUGCCACCAUAUUUUCUCUGACUUUAAAUUUCCAGCACGCAGCAUUGACUUUUCUUGCGACGGCGAAUGGCUCGCUGUCGGUGGCGAGGACUCUCAUCUUUCUCUGCUAUCUCUCGCGAGCGGGCGCCUGUCACACUCCAUACCCGUAUCAGCGACCAUCAACACAUUAUCGUGGCAUCCGUCCAGACCCGUGUUUGCUUACAGUGGUACAGAUACCUCGCAUUCUGCCCAUGCUGGCCCUGGUACUGCUGCCGCUCGCUCGGCGGCCUCUUCGUCCACCAUAUGGCUCUAUAGCGUACCCUAA